AUGGGUUUACUAGCAAUUGGGACGCCGCUGGAGUGGCCAGAAGCAAAGAAAGUAGCAAGCCAUGUCCGGGAAUGGGGCAUUGAGCAACUGCUCGCUACAUGGCGCCGAGCGAAAGGGAAGGAACGCGAUGCGCUGCUGUGGGGAGAUGAGGUCGAGUACCUCGUGGUAUGCUAUGAUGACCAGAACAAGAAGGUCCGGCUCUCCCUUCGACAAGCGGAUAUCUUGGCAGCGCUCGCAUCAGACGAGAAGCUGUUGAAGCAGGGUGGUGGUGUGCCGGACGUGCAGCGCGGACAAGUGAAGGAGGGAGAGACUGCUCCAGUGUUCCAUCCUGAAUUUGGCCGCUUCAUGCUUGAGGCCACUCCUGGAAAGCCAUGGGGCAUUGGCUUUAAAGAUCUGCUUGACGUCGAACCGAACAUGAAGUGGCGAAGGAAGAUUGCCAAAGAUCACAUGGAUCCAACCGAAUACCCCAUAACUCUAACCACAUUUCCCCGCUUAGGCUGUGGAGAUUGCACAACGCCAACUUACCCCGUGUCAGGCGAGAAGCUGCGGUCACAGUUUCUGCCCGAUGAGAUCGCCAAUCCUCACAUUCGCUUCCCUACGCUAGCCGCCAACAUCCGAGCGAGAAGGGGCAGGAAAGUGGAGGUCAAUGUGCCUGUGUUUCAUGACAAGAACACGCCGUGGCCCUUCAAGGAUCCCACGGUCAAUUAUGACCUUCACAACUGGCCCGAAGAUGACGAUGUACGCAACGGUGCUGCCAAAGAGAACCAUAUCUACAUGGAUGCGAUGGCAUUUGGCAUGGGUAGCUGCUGUCUACAGAUCACGUUUCAGGCAAAGAAUAUCGAGGAAGGCCGGAAGAUGUACGACCAGCUCAGUCCCCUAGGCCCUGUCCUCCUCGCUCUCACCGCUGCAACCCCGAUCUACAAGGGAUUCCUAGCGGACACGGAUGUGCGGUGGAAUCAGAUUAGCAGAGCUGUCGAUGACCGGACCGCAGAAGAGCUAGGAGAGAAGCCGCUCGAAAACGAUCGAUGGCGGAUACCCAAGUCUCGAUAUGCGUCCAACUCGACUUAUAUAUCCCAAGAUCCCCGGCUACGAAAGGAGUAUCUGGACCCCGACUUGGUCGUUGAUGAGGAUCUCAAGAAACGCCUGGUAGAGGGCGGGAUGGACGAUCUGCUAGCCACGCACUUCGCUCAUCUGUUCAUCCGGGAUCCGAUAGUAGUCUUCAAUGAAGACCUGAAAGAGCUAGAUCUGAGCAAAGUCGACCACUUCGAGAACCUGCAGUCCACGAACUGGCAGCACAUGCGAUUCAAGCCGCCACCACCAGGUAACGACACCGGCUGGCGCGUAGAGUUCAGGCCGAUGGAGAUUCAGAUCACUGACUUUGAAAACGCCGCGUUCUCCAUCUUCAUCGUCCUCAUCACCAGGGUCAUCCUCAGUUUCGACCUCAACUUCUACGUGCCUAUACAACGGACGACCGAAAACAUGGAGACCGCCCACCGCAGAGAUGCCGUCCUCAGCGAAAAGUUCUAUUUCCGCAAAAAUCCGUUCCCUUCCCGCCCCAUUAAAGCGACGGGCUCGAGCGCAUCAGGAUCAACAACGCCAUUGCCAGUCAGCCGCCCGCCAUCGCCUGUCGGCCCCGUCGAGGACGAGUACGAGCUCAUGACCGUGGACGAGAUCAUCAACGGCCAGCACCCUGCUGCCGACGGCUUCCCCGGCCUCAUACCGCUGGUAGAGAACUACCUGAACAGCGUCAACGUAGACGUCGAGACGCGCUGCGACCUUGCGAGGUAUCUCGACCUCAUCCGGAAGAGGGCUGACGGCACGCUGUGGACUGGCGCGAAGUGGAUGCGGCAUUUUGUUCGCGGGCAUCCGGACUACAGGUUUGAUAGCGUUGUCGACGAGCGCAUCACGUAUGACCUGGUUAAAGCGGCGGAGCAGAUCACGAGGAACGAGGCGAGAGACGGACUUGGGGCUGAGAUGCUUGGCCGGAGGAGGUAA